AUGUCGGCCAACCUACGCACAACUACCAAAAAGCCUCGUGUUCGUCCUCCAAAAUUGGACGAAAACAGUGCUAUUGAGAAGCUUCAGACCGUCUCAUUGUUGGUCAACAAACGCGGGUGUCUCCAAGGCUGGGAAGUUGAACGUGCCUCCUCAGCCGUUGCGUUGAUAAAGAAAGAAGCCAACGUGAAUGACAUAUAUCAGCAAUUCCUGCAAAAUGUUCAGAGACAUUCAAAACCCAAGAAUGCCGCUCCACUAGCGAGGCUCUGUGCCAUCGCACUGGGAAAGGACGCGAUCAAAAAUGCCAGGAAACAUGUUUUUCUGAAUCUCCCUGAAAAGAUUGCGGCUCUAGAGGAUAGCCUGGUGAAUGACGCUUUGAAAGACGAUGUUGAAAAGAAUGCUGAUGCUGAUCAAUUGUACAAUCGCCAUACAGCAUCCCACGGGCAGGGACUGGAGCGGCAAAUCUCAUCACCGGAAGGCGCGUAUGCUUUCAAUAAACAGAAAAUGCAAAAUACUAAUACACGUAUCGUUCUAGGCUCUGGUCUUGAAGUUUCCUCAACUCUUCCACCAACAAUUUUUGCGGAUGAUCGCGACUCAGUUCCUCUCGACCUUCAACUCAGAGAUCUCAUUGACUUUCUGUAUGAGCUUGAAGGUCCGAACCACACCCUGCGAAUGCGUUGUCCACUCUCGGGCCAUCCUCUACCGUCCAUCUAUCUCGGAACUCAGCAGUUUGGGCAUGCAAGUGCAAAACUUGAAUUCUCGCAGCCUCUGGCCACCACGUUCAUGCGGUAUAUGAUGAAGCGCAGGCAGCUUUAA